CUGAUUUCUCAAAUGGGUUUAAGCAGAGACUCACUUCAGUUCCCAUGGCCUCAAACAUUCCUCUCCAUAUCAUCGACGAAGAUGGCGAUGGUGACUUCCAAGAUGAGUUUGAUUGGGAAGCAGCCGUUAGAGAAAUCGAUAAGGCAUGCGAUGACAGAAAUUUUGCUACUUCAUCGUCUUCUCAUUUUGCUCCUCCACCUACUGUAUCCCAUACAUCUAAGAAAAACGCUUCAAAGCAAUCCACGCUCAACAGAUUUAUUGGGAAGGUGGGACUCCGGCCUCCUGAAUAUAAUCGGACGGCUGAGAGUUAUGUCGGUGCUGAGGCUGAGCAAGUGUCAUCCGUUCACAUUGAUGCCGAGGCUGCUAAAGCUUGGAUCUACCCAGUUAAUAUCCCUCUUCGUGAUUAUCAAUUUGCCAUAACCAAGACAGCACUAUUUUUAAAUACAUUGGUGGCAUUGCCAACAGGCCUUGGAAAAACACUUAUUGCCGCAGUUGUAAUUUUUAACUACUUCAGAUGGUUUCCAGAAGGGAAGAUAGUCUUUGCUGCUCCUUCUCGACCACUUGUCAUGCAGCAGAUAGAAGCAUGCCAUAAUAUCGUUGGAAUUUCACAGGAAUGGACAAUUGAUAUGACAGGUCAGAUAUGUCCAACAAAAAGAGCAAUAUUUUGGAAGACUAAAAGAGUUUUCUUUGUUACCCCACAAGUUUUAGAGAAAGACAUUCAAUCUGGCACAUGUUUGUCAAAGUAUAUUGUUUGUUUGGUGAUUGAUGAGGCUCAUCGAGCAUUGGGAAAUUAUUCCUAUUGUGUGGCUGUUCGUGAGUUAAUGUCAAUGCCAGUGCAGCUGAGAAUAUUAGCUUUGACUGCAACACCGGGAUCGAAGCAGCCCACUAUCCACCAAAUAAUUAACAACAUAUGUAUAUCAACACUUGAGUAUCGUGAUGAACAUGACCAUGAUGUCAGUCCAUAUGUUCACAAUAGAAAGAUAGAACUGAUUGAGGUUCCAUUGGGGCAAGAUGCGCUUGAGGUGAAUAAUAAGUUGUUAGAAGUAAUUCGUCCUUAUGUGGCCAGGCUUCACGCCAAUGGACUUAUUCAAAAUAGAGACUAUCAGACUUUAAGCCCAAUAGAUUUACUUAAUUCAAGGGAUAAAUUUCGUCAAGUACCUCCCCCAGAUCUUCCACAUAUCAAGUAUGGAGAAGUUGAAGCAUAUUUUGCUGUUCUUAUUACACUUUACCACAUUCGUAAGCUUCUUUCAAGCCAUGGAAUAAGACCAGCAUAUGAGAUGCUGGAGGAGAAGUUGCGACAAGGGCCUUUCUCGAGAACGUUGAGUAAAAAUGAAGAUAUAAUGAAUGCAAAGCUUUUAAUGCAACGGAGUUUGUCUCAUGGUGCACCUAGUCCAAAAUUGUCGAAACUGUUAGAAGUAUUGAUUAACCAUUUCCAAACAAGGGAUCCACAAAACUCCAGGGUGAAAACAAUUUCUAUAGUCUUGGACAUAAUGAAUGCACUAGAAAGUGUUCGAGAUUUAGUCAAAGCAACUGAAUUUAUCGGUCAAAGCUCAGGGAAAACAUUGAAAGGCCAGUCUCAAAAAGUUCAACAGGCAGUUUUGGAGAAAUUUCGAGCUGGUGGCUACAAUGUUAUUGUUGCCACAUCAAUUGGUGAAGAAGGCUUGGAUAUCAUGGAAGUUGGUCUUGUAAUAUGUUUUGACGCCAAUGUUUCACCUUUGAGGAUGAUACAACGGAUGAGGAGAACUGGAAGGAAACAUGAUGGACGAGUUGUAGUUCUAGCCUGUCAAGGGUCAGAGUUGAAGGGUUAUAUGCGAAAGCAAGCCAACAGCCAGUCUAUAAAUAAGCAUAUGCAAAAGGGUGGAAUACAUAGCUUUUGUUUCCAUCCCAGUCCUAGAAUGAUUCCUCGCAUUUUCAAACCAGAAGUCCAAUUUGUAGAGCUCUCAAUUGACCAAUUUGUUCCUCGUGGAAAAAAACUGAAGGAUGAUCAUGCUAUUGAGACACCACGUUUUAGGGAAAAACUAACUGUUGAGGAGACUGAUUUGAUUGUCAAGUAUUUCCAUCCUACCAGUGAGAGCACUUGGAGACCUUCACUCAUUGCCUUCCCUAGCUUCCAAGCAUUUCCCUCCAAAGUCUGUAAAGUAAUGCAUUCUUAUAGAACAGAGAUGCUGAUAGGUUCCAUGCAACGUCUGUGUAUUGGUGUUUGA